UACAGAAGGAGACGAUAAAAGAUACGACUUUAGAGUCUGGACCAACCAUGAUAAUUCUCCCUUCCAAUUUACACGUCUCAGCCCUAAAUUUAUGGCAAAGGACGCGGUUUCAGAGGACGACUCAAAACAUUUCUAUAUUAAAAGUCGCUCUAGAAGCGUAAGAAAUCUGCAAGCAGUAUAGCCUAGUGUGAGGAAAUGGCAGAGGGUGAGGGUGAGGGUGAGUUAAGACAGAGAGUGUUAAGAGUGGGUCAGAAUGGUGGCAGUGGUGCCCACUAUAAUGACGUCCAAACAGCUAUUGAUGCAGUUGCUCUCCAUAACAGGCAGCGAGUGAUCAUUGAGAUCAUGCCCGGAGUUUAUAAGCAGCCUCUCUAUGUUCCCAAAACGAAGAACUUCAUUACUUUGAGAGGAUCUCGCCGUGAAGAUACUAUCUUGACUUGGGAUAAUACUGCUACUCGAAUCGACCACCAUCAGGAUGAGAGCCUAAUUGGUAGUGGAACUUUUGCCUGCGGAAGUGUGAUCGUAGAAGGAUCAGACUUCAUCGCUGAGGGAAUCACAUUUGAAAAUUGUGCACCCCAGGGAUCAGAACAAGCUGUAGCCAUUAGGGUGACUGCUGAUAGAUGUGCUUUCUAUAACUGCCGAUUUCUUGGGUGGCAGGGCACUGCCUAUUUGCACCAUGGAAGGCAGUACUUAAGAGACUGCUACAUUGAGGGCAGCAUAGAUUUCAUUUUUGGCAAUGCAACAUCAUUGCUUGAACACUGUCACAUCCACUGCAAGUCCAGUGGCUGGAUCACUGCUCAGAGCCGCAGAUCUGAGGAUGAUUCCACUGGAUUUGUCUUUCUCAGAUGUGUUAUUACUGGUAAUGGGGAGAGAGGUUAUGCAUAUUUAGGGCGCCCAUGGGAGUCAUUUGCAAGAGUUCUGUUUGCAUACACAUGGAUGGAUGGCAGCAUCACCCCUCUGGGUUGGCAUAACUGGGAUUCACCUGAAAGGGAAGAGACUGCAUGUUUCUAUGAGUACAGGUGCUUGGGGCCGGGCAGUGAUUGUUCACAGCGAGUAAAGUGGGUCAAGAUCUUGGAAGAUGACAAAAUUGAUGAAUAUGGUGCCCUGAGUUUCACUGAUCCAAAUCCACACAAAACAUGGCUAACAUGGUUUACAAAUGGAAUGUGAGUGGAGAUGGCAUUAUCAACAUAAAAUCAGUCUGAAAUUUGAGAUUAACAGUAGGUUUGUCAAGUAACAAGGAGAGUGGGGGAUUGGGCUUUUUAUGUUCUGUUGACAUUUAUAUUGAAUUGGUUUUCUGAAAUCAGAAAUAGUUUUGCUUGACAAUCAACCAUGUCUGCGUUUUCUUUAAAAUGGUGCCCAUGCUGCUUGUUCAAAUGUUAAGCAUAUUUUGGCAUCAAAUAUUUUUUCAUUUUCAAAAAUAUGUAAAUGGGAGAUUUAUGAACACUUAUGCAAUAAGAUUAUAUGUAAUUUUGUGAACCUUAUUUUAAUUU